ACCUCUUGGUCCCAGAGCUCUCAGACCAAGCCCAGGUCCAGGAGAAGGCUGUGGUGCCCGGGAUACCCGAGCUGUCCACAGGGGGAGAUCGUUGUCCCUCGGCCAACAGACAUGUUCCAGUCCAAGGAAGGUGGCAUCCCAAAGCCCUCAGAAGUGGAAACCCAGCCUAGGGAUGGUGACAUCCCCAAAACCUCAGAAAAAGCCAUCCAGCCCAGGAAAGGCAACUUAGAGAAGCCCUUAGAGAACACCAUCCAGCCCAGGGAGGGCAACUCCCCGAAGCCCUUAGGGAAAACCAUCCAGCCCAGAGAAGGCAACUCCCCGAAGCCCUUAGAGAAAACCAUCCAGCCCAAGGAAGGCAAAGUGCUGAAACCUUCAGAACUAAAAACCCAGACUGAAGAAGGCAAUGUCCUGGAGCCCUCAGAACAAAUUAUGAAGCCCAAUGAAGGCUAUGUCCCAAAGCCAUCAGAAAAAAACAUCCAUCCUGAGGAAAGUGACAUCCUGAAGAUUUCAGAACAAACAACUCAUCCUGAAGAAGGUGACAUCUCAAAGCCCUUAGACACACUUCAUCCCAAGGAGGGCAACAUUGUGAAGCCCUCAGAACAAACAACCCAGACUGAAGAAGGUGACAUCUUGGAGCCUUCAGACACAUUCCAGCUUGAGGAAGGUGACUUCAUGAAGCCCUCAGAACAAACAACCCAGCCUGAGGAAGGUGACAUCCUGAAGCCCUCAGACACAUUUCAUCUUGAGGAAGGUGCUAUCUCCAAGCCUUCAGAACAAACAAUCCAGCCUGAGGAAGGUGAUGUCCUGCAGCUCACAGAACUAACAGUGGAGACCCUGGAAGGAGACAUGGUGAAAGUCAUCCAGGGCAAGGAAGACUUUGAGGCCGCCCUCAAGGACGCUGGGGAAAGACUGGUGGCCGUGGACUUCUCGGCCACGUGGUGCGGGCCUUGCAAGGCCAUCAAGCCCCUCUUCCAUGCCCUGUCUGUGAAGUACGAUGACGUGAUGUUCCUGGAAGUGGAUGCUGAUGAGUGUGAGGAGCUCGUUACAUACUGUGAUGUCUUUUCUGUACCAACCUUUCAGUUCUAUAAAAAAGAAGAAAAGGUGGGUGAGUUUUGUGGCGCCAUUAUGGAUAAACUGGAAGCAACCAUUACAGAAUUAAAGUAA